UUCAACCACACAUCAACAUGUGAAUAAAGCUAAACCAUAUCAGUAUGAAAGCAAAAACAUUAAUAAGAGAGAGUAAAAAUGUGAAGAAAAAAAAACAAACACCGUUGACUGGUGACGACGAUAAAGCUCACCGUUGGAUGGAGAUCGUCGGAGGAGCGGUUGGUAGCAACGGAGUGAUGGCUGCUCGAGCGUGGCGGCGCCGGGUGUUGAUGGGAUUCCGGUGGUUUUCGGCUGGAAGAAGCGGUUUCGCCGGGAUCCGUUUGGUGAUAUAAUCGUAUGCGGAGAAGAGGAGUCCGUACGGUUUCCAGCAGAGUGGCAGUUCCGGUGUUUUUGGAAAUAUUUGGUCACCUUGCUGGUAAUGAAGAAGAAGGAAAUGAUCAAGAAAUAGCAAAUGAUGAGGAUCACACUAAGGAAGAUGUAACUCAUGACACGGAUCCAAAUUGGCAAUAUGUCCCUCCUCAAGAGGAAGAAAUUCCUUGUGGAUACACGGCUCCACCUCCGCCGGAUCAGUCCAACAUCAUUUCCAUGCUUGAAAAUAUGCAACUCCUACAACAACAGCAUUUCGACACACAGCAGCUCCAAUUCCAGAACAUGCAACAGCUUCAAAAAGAUCGCUAUGACGAACAACAACGACAAUAUCAAUCGUUAUACAGCUUGGUUCAAGACCACAAAAGCGACUUUGAAACGUUUGCAUCCAACUCGACCUUAAGACAGAAUCAUUUUGAGGAGACUGCAUUGAACCGCCAUGCAAAUCUAAGUCAAAGCUUCAAUACUCUAAACAUCUCAGUGUUUGAUCUGUUGGAACAAGUUGAAGAAGAUCGUCCUCAAACGUUUCAAAGAGGAAGAGGAAGACGGGGCAGGCGUUAGGAUGCAUCACAUUUCAUAUCAUCAUCUCAUUGCAUUACAUUCCAUCAUCAUUAUGUUUAUUUGCUAAACUUUCUAGCACUUAGUCUAGUUUCCCUUCAAUUAGUUGAAAUAUUAUGUGUGCU